GGAAUAUUCGUGGCAAGGGGAGAUCACCGAAAGUUCAUAAUAUGGUUUGUGAUUAAUAUUUGAUAUCAUCUAUUAUGCCUAAAAAACACCCAGAUGAUCACUACUUUGAUGAAUACGAUGCAAGAGCAUAUAGGCAUCUUGUGCACGAAGAACAUGUAGCGCAUGGGCAAAGUCAGAAAAGAGAUAAGAAAAGGAAAUCGAAGAAACCUAAAUCUCACAAGAAAUCCAAAGACAAACAAGAAAGUAACCCUGAAGUUAAAAAUGUGAAUAAAUCCAUUGUUGCAUAUGAUGACAUUAGUUCAGAUUCAGACAUUCAAGCACCUGCUUCACCUAUUGAACCUAGUCGGACUGUUGUGAGAGAAUCUAAACAAGAAAUAUCUCCUGGAAUCCCGAAUAGAUCAUCAUACCACAAAGGACGCAGUGACUCUCCAAUUAUAGUUGAAAAUAAUUCACCACCACACUCAUAUAACAAUAGCAGCUCUCGAAAACUGAAAAAAAGACAUCAUUCUCCAGAACCUUAUCCUAAAGGAUAUGGACCACCAAAAGCAUAUACAGAAGUUCUUAAACCUAAAGCCUAUGCUGAACCCCCUAAAGCAUACAGUCAGUCUUUUAGAGGAUAUAGUCCUGAAAGGAAAAGAUACAGAUCAAGAUCACCAAGUCCAUAUGGGAGAAAGAAAUCACGACCCAGUAAGCCAUAUGGAAGAGGUUCUCGGAGUCCAAGUCCUGGAAGACGAAGACGGAGCAGAUCUAGAUCUCGUGAAUACUAUAAUAGAUAUAGACGAUCCUCAUCAAGGUCUCCUUCUCGAAGUCAUUCCCAUAAUAAAAAUAAAAUAAGUCAUUCCACUGUAAAAUAUGCAACAAGUUUAGCUGCUGAACUAAGUAAACAUAGACGUGCUAGAGAAGCAAAAGAAGCAGCAGCCUUGGCAGCAAAAGGGAAAGAAUCAAAAGAACAGAAACGUACAAUUCAUGAUGUUCAUUCUGAUAGAAAAGAACAUGAUAAAGUUGUGAGAAAAGAAAGAGAUAGUUCUUCAGACUCUAAACAUAUAGAUAAAUCAAAUUCUAGUCAAAAGGAUAGAGUUAUAGGACAGGUAGAUAAUAAAAUUGUUGUUAAAGUUGAAAAUGAGAACAGUAAGAAAAAAGAAGAAAGUCGGACAUCUCGUAGUGUUGAACGUAAAGAUGAUCGGUCACAAGAUAGAAACUCUGAUAAAGGUGAAUUAAGAGAUCAUCGAGAUAGGGAGAGGCAAAAAGAAAAAGAACGAAGAGAAGAAAAGGAUAGAAGAGAUGAAAGGACUAAGAGUCAGCAAAUACGUGAAAGAGAAGUUAAAGAUUCCCGAAAAUCAUAUGAUCACCGCCAGCCUGAAUUGCCUACACUUCCUCGUCUUCCACUACCUCAGGUAUCACCAGAGGAAGAGUAUGAAAGUGAUAGCCCAUACAGUGAGCCUGUCAAACCGGUUGAACCUCCAAAGAAAAGAAUAACUGAUCUUCCAAUGCCACCGAUAAUGGAUGAUCCUGAACCUGAUGAUGAUCCAGAGCCUGAGCCGGAACCUGAACCCAAAAAAGAUGUCUCUUCACAACCAAAAAUGAAAAGACCAAGAAUUUGUCAACAGAGAAGACUUGAUGAAAAGGUCAAAGGUGAUUGGGGACAACGUUGUGUUGAUCUGUUCAAGAUUAUAACUAUCAUUGGUGAAGGUACUUAUGGCCAAGUGUACAAGGCAAAAGAUACAUUUACAGAUGAAUUGGUAGCUUUGAAAAAGGUCAGGCUAGAGAAUGAAAAGGAAGGAUUCCCAAUUACUGCAGUGAGAGAAAUCAAAAUUCUUAGGCAGCUUAAUCAUCCAAAUAUUGUUAACUUGAAGGAAAUUGUAACAGAUAAACAGCAAGCAUUAGACUUCAAGAAAGACAAAGGUGCCUUCUACUUAGUGUUUGAAUAUAUGGAUCAUGAUCUGAUGGGAAUAUUGGAAUCGGGAAUGGUUCAUCUAAAAGAAGAACAUGUUGCUUCAUUUACUAAACAGUUACUUGAUGGUUUGAGUUAUUGUCAUAAAAAGAACUUUUUACAUAGAGAUAUUAAGUGUUCAAAUAUAUUGCUCAAUAAUAGGGGUCAGAUAAAACUAGGUGAUUGGGGAUUAGCUCGUUUGUAUCAAGCUGAUGACAAAGAAAGACUGUAUACAAAUAAAGUCAUAACCUUAUGGUACAGACCACCAGAGUUAUUGCUUGGUGAAGAAAGAUAUGGUCCAGCUAUUGAUAUAUGGAGUAUAGGAUGUAUAUUAGGAGAAUUAUUCACAAGAAAGCCAAUAUUCCAGGCUAAUCAAGAAUUUCCACAGUUAGAAUUAAUUAGUAAAACUUGUGGAUCACCUUGUCCUGGAGUGUGGGCUGAUGUUAUCAAAUUACCUUUGUUCCACACCUUUAAACCAAAGAAGCAAUAUAGGAGAAAGCUCAGGGAAGAAUUUUCAUUUCUUCCAAAAUUGGCCUUAGAUCUGAUGGAUCAGAUGUUAGAUUUAGAUCCAGCCAAACGAAUAAGUGCUGACCAUGCUUUAGUGUGUCCAUGGCUCAGAGAUAUAGAUCCAAACAGGAUUCCACCACCAGAUCUACCAAAGGAUCAAGAUUGUCAUGAAAUGUGGUGUAAAGUUCGUAAAAAGAAUUUGAAGAUGAUGAAAGAACAUGGAGGAGGUGACCAUGUUAGUGAAAAACCUUCAAGUCAACCAGCACAGCCAGAGAAGUCUAGCUACCAAAAAUCACAAACAUUGCCUAAACCACAGCAGGAAAAACAGAAAUCUAACAGCCAUUCUUCAGGUUCUCAUAGCAAUGCUCAUUCUGCAGCUUCUCAUAGCAACACUCAUUCUUCAGGUUCUCAUAGCAACAAUCAUUCCUCAUCAUCUCAAAGUAAGCCUGCUUCUAAGCCUAGUGUUGAUUCUAGGUUGGCUGCUAUGUAUGGUGAACAAGAAAAAGGUGGCAUCCCUGGUCUGGAUACAGCUAAACCUGUUGUUGAGAGCACUGAACCUAAGCAUGUGUCAAGCUCCUCACAACCGAUACAGAGAUCAGACAGUACUAUGAGUAGUGAGAAUACACCAGGUUCAGCAACAAUUAACCCACAGAAUCAACUGGCUCAGUUAGUUACUCUAUUGCAGCAGGGACAUUCUGUUCAACAAGUAGCAAAGAACCUUAAUAUGACAUUAGAUGAAAAAACUCUUACCUUAAUGGAAAAUCUGAGUAAGCAGCUUGAACUUGCAGCAAGUUUGUCAAAGCAGGAAAAACUUUCUCCAGGAGCCCAGAUGUCUUUACAAACUGUUAAUCCAGGACUGAAAUCAACUGGAAGCACUGAUAAUUCAGCUUCAUAUAACAUGGACUUAGUAAGUGAGGAUGGAAGUCAGAGCAAUACUUCAUAUCCAGAUAACUUUGUUACCCCUGGUGAAGAUCCAGGGUCAUCAGUUGGACAAGAGAACUAUGCACAAGAUAGCUAUGAUUCUGGAUCUUAUGGAAAAACUGAAGCAGCUAAUAACUCUUCAAGCAAUGCCGGUGUAGCAGCAGCUCUAGCUCAGAUGCUGGCAAAACAAGGCCACAAGGUGGCUGUUGGUGGACGAGAGAUUUCACAUGAAGAAAAUGCAUCUUAUGGGAGUGAAGGCUAUUAUUCUAGGAAGCAGAGUUAUCCAGCUCAGCAAUAUAGCCAUACUUCACAGUAUAUGGGGACGUCAAGCACAACAAUUGCACCACAAACAUUUAAUCAAAGCCAGACUUCAAGUAUGGCAUCUGCAUCAUCGACGAACACCUCAUCAUCCUCACUUCCGAGGCAGUACAGCUAUGAUUCUUCAAAUUAUCCUGAAAAAUAUUCAAGUCCACAGCAGUUCUCUAGGUCAAAUAUGGGACAGAGUUCAAAUGGCAACUUACAGGGUCAAUUUGGAAGACAGUCUGCUGGACAGAAUCAGUCAGGUCCAAGACCUCUAAUGGCUACUCCACUUCAACCUCCAAAGUCGAUUCUUAAAAACAAGCCAUCAUCAAAUGUUGGAGGUGGAAUUUCAGUGGCUAAUACUGCACCAUCAAGUUCUAUGAGUUCAGGAAACCAAUCAGGAUUUUCAGGGGCAUCUGGAGGGGGUGGAUAUAAUGGUGCUGGUAGAGGCUCUUGGAUGUGACUUGGAGAUUAAUUAGGAAAAAGUAAUUUUAUUAUAUUUAUAAAAUGUAAUAUUUUAAAUGCUUUUACUUGAGUAUAGUUAUACUGCAUUUUUUUUUUAAGUACAACUGUUAUUAAUAUUGUUGAAUUUGUUUCCAUCCAAAUUCUUGCUUUAAGUUUGAAGUGUAAACACAUGCACAGUAAAUUAUGCAUGAUAAGGAUAACAAAGUAGACUUGUGCAUGUUGUGUUAAAGGUUGUUUGCCUUCCUUUGUAGAUUAACCUAUUUUUGACAAUACUUCAGCACUAAGGGAUUGUUCAGGGAGUUCAAAACUUCACUAUUUGCCACUAAAAAAAUAUGCCUAUUUCCUACCCUUUUCAGAUUGUGGAACUUCAAUAUUUUGUUUGUAAAAAAGAUAAUGAUGUUGACUAAGAUUGGAAGAUGCAUUUGAGAAUGUAAUAUUUUUAAAAAAAAAAUAGGUAAUUUUGGCACAAUGUUCUAAACAAAAUUUAAAGAAGGAAAUUGGCACUUUAAUUAAUAAUAAUUAAUAUAAAAUAAUUAUUAAAACAUAAGUUGGGGCACUGGCUGCAUGAACAAAUACAAGAUAUUAAACUCAUUUUAAAUGCAUAGUAUUGUUUCUAAAAUGUGAUAUGACAGUUAAAGUUAAGGCUUUCCUGGUCCUUUUUACAAGCACUUAUUGUUGUAAAUAGAAAGUGGAUACAUUUGUUUCAUUGGUUCUUGGAUGUGCCAAGAAAAGAGAACUUAAUUGUUGAAAUUAAAAUUGGUUGAUAAUCAUGAUAUUUAGACAGAGCAAAUUCCUAUUUUAUGAAGUUAUACAUUAUUGUUGUAUUAUGCUGGCUGGUCAUUCUUCAAUCAAUGGACAAACCAUUAACAUUUCCCAUUUUCUAGAGAAAAAAUCAUUGCAUCAAAGCUUGCUUUUAAGUUCAUUUUAGCGUUCAUAUUCUGAAAAAUGGAAUAUUGAAUGCAUUCUUUUUUCUGUAUAUAGUUAUGUUUGUUUGUAUUUAGAAAUAUCAUUGGGAUAAUUGUAUUUGUAUUAUGUUUAAUUUCUGAGUAAAGUUCCUUUCCAGCUUUUUAUUGAAGAAUUGAUUAGACUUUACCAAGCAAGUGAAUUGUAUAUGAGUGUUGAUGUUGAUAGAUUCAAGAAAUGGUGGAACAUUAUAAUUGACACAUGGUUCAUAUAUUGAUUAAAGCUGAUGAACACAUCAACAUUAAACUGUCAUCUGAGGACUUAAUAACUGUUUUCAUAUAAGAAUUUCACAGAUGAAUGACUGAUUGAGUGAAUGAUAACAUUGUCCAAAGAAAUCUGAUGACUGAAGACAAGAUACAUUAAAGACGUUCAUGAUAUAAAUGUGCAGAUAUUUACUGGUAUCUAGGAAUUAUGCUGGAGUAGAAUGGUAUUUCCUCUAUAGACAAAUCCACUCCAGUAUUUUUGAACAAUGGUUACCUGACAUGGAGUUUGUAUUGCUGGAAAUGAAAGACUGAUUAUUUUAUAUCAAAUAGUGAUUUACAGUGCUUUAUUUUAUAUUCUUGAAAAGAAAUUCCUGAGUAGAAUGUAGAGAUGUAGCAGCUCUAUUGUAUCUGUUAAAGAGUGAAAAGUUAAGAAAAUUGGUUGAUAGAAAAAGCUUAAAAGUUUUCAUUUCGAAAGGGCAAAUCUACAUCUAUAAUUUCUUAUAUUAUCUUGAUUAUAAUUACAAAAAUAUUGCUAAGGCCACAAUCCUUGAAUUUAUGAUAACAUGAAAAUUUUUAUUUGUUUGAUUGAAAAGUUCUUGUUAAAUAGUUUUAAUAACUGUUCAUUCACUGAUAAAUGUUCAUCAGUGUUUUCACGAAAAUGUGUGCUAUUUAGUUUACACCAUGUAACUGGUAAAUAUGCCCUUUGAGCAUAAUAAGCAGAUAAGUAAAGCUUUUCAUUGAACUUGUUAAAUCAUUCCUAUAUAUAAUUUAAAGUACAGACAGUUGUUUCCUCUUGUUUUAUUUAGUUACACUGAAUAUCUUUUGAGUUG